GAAGUAGCAGUUUCAGUACGGCUUCAAGUUUCGGUCCAAGAACACAUACAAUAUGGGUGAAGAAACUGCAUUCCAAGAAGAUUCCGUUCCGUCCUCUACAGUGUCGACGGAGCCCGUCGUAAUCGUGGAAACGGUGGAGGAAGUCAAACCCACGAUUGAAGCGAAUGCCGAAGGCAAUGCCGUAGAAGAUUCGAUUCCUCGAGAGGUUCAACCGGAAAUGGCCUCAACGGCAAAGCAACCUGUUGCAUCUGGAAUGACCUACGAGAAGCGGUCGGAUGGAAUGCCACAGUUCAUGUAUGAUGCCGUGGCGCGGAUCGCUCCCGAGCAAGGAUUCACUCCCGGUCAGUUCGAGAUCCGCUUCGAAUCCGGUUCUGGUAAGGGUGAUGGCUUCAUAGCGGAAAUGUUCCGAGCCACGAUCACUGAAGGUGAUCGCAAGUUGGUAGUACUGUGCAAGAUUCCUCCGAUUAACGAUGCCCGUCGACACCAGUUCGAAUCGAUUUCGGUUUUUGAUCGUGAAGUCACGGCGUACUCCAACUUGCUCCCGAUCAUGUACGAAUUUCAACGGGAAAAGGGCGUUACCGAAGAGAUGGACAUUGGGUUCUUCAAUGCUCCGAAAUGUUAUCUGGCUUAUGCCGACGCACCGAAGGAAGAAUCCGUCAUCAUUAUGGAUGACUUGCGCCUGAAGGACUAUCGAAUGUGGAAUAAAAUGGUCCCUGUGAACUACGAGCACACUCGUCUACUGAUGAUUCAACUCGGUAGACUGCAUGCCGUGUCCCUAGCGCUGAAAGAUCAACGACCGGAAGUGUUCGAACAGUUCAAAUUAUCUGAUCCGUUGAGUGCCAUGAUGGGUGCCAACCAAGGAUUCACAAUGAUGAUGAAUGCUUCUCUUGACCGAGCUCUUACUGUCCUGGAACCUCACGAGGAGAAGGCGCGGCAAAAGUUGGCCAAGCUCAAGGAAACGUUGUUUGACGACCUUGUGACCUUGACAAACUCGGAAAUCGCCGGUCCGUAUGCCGUUCUGGGACACGGCGACUGCUGGAUCAACAACAUGAUCUAUUCCUAUAAGCGAGGCGUACCAACCGGAGUCGUCCUGCUCGACUGGCAAAUCUGCCGCUACGUAUCGCCCGCUCUCGACCUGCUGUAUUUCAUUUUUGGAUGCACGGAUGAAGCGUUCCGUCGGCAGCACUACGACGAAAUGAUCCGCAUCUACUACGAUUCGUUGAAGCAGCUGCUGGAGAAACUCGGCGGAGAUCCCAGCCGGCAGUUCCCGUACACGGCCCUGCUACGGCAGCUGAAGGCCUGCGGCAAGUUCGGAAUCCUGAUGGCGAUGUUCAUGGUGCCGAUGCUUUGCAUUGACAACCAGGACCUGCCCGAUAUGGACCAGUUGGCGGAGAAGCACCUAGAUUCGCAAGAAUUCGACGCAUCGUUUAUUCAUGACGUCAAAUCCGAAGAUAAGUACAAGACUCGCAUGGCAGCCGUCAUUCGGGACCUGAUAAGAUACGGGUAUCUGUAGGGAAUGUGUGGGCUUCGACGAAAUAGGCGAAUGAACUGUGAAGAUAUCUGAUAUAACUUGCAAAGCAAUUUCUAACAAAAUUCGGCUGACAGACAGAUGAUAUGAAAAUUAAA